CGGGGGACCACCCUGCGUGAGGGAGGUGGUGGUGGCGGUGGGCGGAGGCGGUGGGAGGACACCGAGGACGGUCGGUGAGGAGAGCGAUUCUGGGGGUGGUGCAGAGGCUCGAUGGUGGAUGCUGUGCCAGCCAGUGCCACAUUGCACCUCUCUGCCCUCAUCUUUUCGAAUCGGGGCCCUAAUCCCCCUCUUUCACGGGGUACUGUCGGGUCAAGGCAUCCAUCCUCUAGCUGAAGGAGAGGACCUGGGUGAGGAGCUGCUGCCACCCGGGCUGGGCCAGGACCUGAGAUCUCAUUGCUCCUGCUGCCGCUGCUGCCUGGGGGACCUUUCUGAGACCCAGGUCGGGGACAGUGCCGGAGGGGCCUCCUCUGCUGCAGACAUCUGAGCAGAGACGACUGGCCGCCCUGAGCGCAAUUCAAUUCAACAGACAUUUACUGAGUGCCUACUAUGCGCCAGGCCUUAGGCUGGGCACUGGGGGAGGGGCGCAGAGAGGAAGAUGGGGUCCUGUCCUCAGGUAGCUCUGGGCGGGGCGGGGUGUGGAGAAGACAGGCAAGGGCUAAACAGCUCAGCACCAGGAGAGAAGCUGCUUGGCGGGCUGGACGCAGCAGAGACCUGGGUUCAAGUGCAUCACUGGAGAGCCGCUGUUCCUCGUCCGUACCUCAGUUUCCCCACUUGUAAAAUGGGGGAGAUGAUCUCUAGGACCCAUCCAGGAUUCCAAGGGCUAUACCUUGGGGUUGUGGGGGCAGAGCAGGGGGGUCACCCUGCAGAAGGGAGAUCUCCAAAGGCUUCUCAGAGGAGGAGGCAUAAGGUCUGGGCCCGGGGGAUGGGGACAGGUAGGAAUUGGUCCUAGGAUUAGGACCAGCUAACGGCCAGUGAGUAACGGCCUGGUGGACGUGGGUGUGGGCAUGCCCCCAAUUCCAUAGGGUUGCAAGAGGACGUGGUGGGGUGUGAGCUUAGAGAGGGAGAGGGGUUCUAGGGCCAUAGGUCGGGGCGUGACCUCUAUUCUGGGGCCAGUGGGAGCCAUUGUAGGCUGUUGAGGGCGAGUCCGGAACAGCUGGUCCUGCUCUGUCUCACCCUCUUCUCUCUCCCUCUCUGGGGCACACUUCAGGAUCACAUUCCCAUAGAACCUUGCAGCCGUGGGGCCUUGGCAGCUCCUGCACUGUGUCAGGCACUGUGUACGUUAGUCCUCAUUGCGGCCCCAAUUCACAGAGGAGGACGCCGAGCUUGGAGAGGAAGCUCUUGCCCAAGGUCACGAUCUGACUCCCAAGCCCCCCAAGCUUCUCCCACUACCUCCCACUGAAAGGGUUCCUGUUCUCUGUGACCUCUCCCAUCCUGGGGACCCCCUCCAUAAAGCUCUGGUGGGUGCCUGCCAAGGGCGAUGCAGUUGGGUUUGGAGGGCGAGGUCAGGAAAAUCCCAGAUGUUAGCAGGACUGGCUUUCUCCAAGACCGGAGUUUCUGCCCCAGCAGCCGCCCUCUGGGAUACAGAGUGAGGCGGGGCUCCUUCCCACUUUACAGAUGAGAAGACUGAGGUCCUGAGAGUCAUGUGGCUAGUCCAAGGUCAAACUCAAGGGAGUGACAGCCUAGGCUAGAAGCUGGUCUCUUUAUUGCCCAACUGAGGCUGGAGGGAGACUCAAGUCCCCCUGAGAUCUGUGCAAACGCUGACUCCUCCCCGGCCUCCCCAGGGAGCAGAAGAGCCCAGCACCGGAGUCACAGACCUGGUUCAAAUCCUGGUUUUGUCUUUUGCAUGAACUGUGUGAUCUGAGCAAGUCAUGAAUUACUGGGAGCCUCGAUUUCCUUAUCUAUAUGAGGGUGGCGAGCUGGCCUCCUUCACUCAGCCAUGAACAAAUAUUUAUUGAGCACCUACUGGGAGAAGCAGGACCCUUCCUCGGGGAACUCAGUCCAGGGGUAACAGCAGCAGUUAUGAUUCCGGUUGUGAUGGAGGAAGGGCAGGGGGCUGUGAGGACCCACAGGAGAGACCCCAGCCAGGUGGGAAGAAGGCAGGCAGGUAGGAGGGCAGAACAGGCAGCGGCUCCCGCAGGACCACGUGGGUUGGGCUCUGGAUGCUGUUGGAAUUUUCCCAGAUCAGCCUGAGCCAACGAAGACUUUUCGGCAGGGAGUGCCAUGCUCAGGUUGACGUUCUAGAAAGCUCAUCUUCUGCUGGGUGGAGGGGGCAUGGAGUGGGGAGGUAGGGUUGGAGGUAGAGAGACCAGCAGGAGCAGUAGGGGGAGGAAGUGGCACCAAGGCGGGAGUAGGGGCAGUUGGGGAGGUGUGGGUGCCUCUCAACAGGUCUGGGAACUGAGAGAGAAGCAGGGGAGGAUGGGGAAGGGGCUGUGGGAGAUGAGUCCAGUCAUGGAGGUGGACAUGGAUGAGUGAGUUUCAGGUGCCAGAGAAGGGCCCAGGAGGCAGCUGGGGACGGUGGUUUGGGUGUGGUCAGCCUGGGGCUGACAUUAGAAGCCUUGGGAGGGGUUGAGGGGCUCUUGGGGUAGGGGAGGAGGAAGCAGGUUUGAGAAAGGCAAGGCAGUGAGCAGGGACCAGGACAUCAGGGGAGGCCACUGCUUAGCGUACAAGCAGAGGAGCCCGAGGGGCUGCAGCCUGGGAGGUCAUGGGAAAGCAGAGCUGCAGGUCCCCAGCCCAGGAAGGAGGUGGUAGGACUUAGGUCUGCGGGGAGAUUUCAGAAGGCGACGUGUCAGGCGCUGUGCCUGGUGCCGGCGCGGAUGAGGUGCCCAGGAGGGUCAGCUCCUGCAUCUUUUCACCCAAAGGCAGAAGUUUAGUCUAUCCCUUACCCUCCUGAGGAGGAUGAGGCGGCUACAGAGGGGAAGGUGUUGGGGAAGGAGGAAAAGGGGAAAAACAUUUGCAUGCAUGACAAGGCUGAAGUGAGGGAGAGAGAAAGGGGGAGAAAGACGAUAAGAAAUUACCAUACACCAGGAUCUUGUUAUUCAAGCUAAUUUUCAAAGGACCACAGCUGUCACACUGAGAUAAUUCGUUAAUUAUAACAGCCAUUGUGCUUUGGCAAUGGGAGAGAAACCGAGGCCGGGGAACAGGCUGAAGGUGGGGGUAGGAGCAGGCUGUUGGGGGGGCCUGGACUUCAGAGAGAGGACAGGGACAGAGACAGAGGCAAAGAGGGGUGUGUUGCCCUCAGGACUGAAAGGAAGACAUUGUCAGGCCAGGCCCCAUCCUUCCUCACUGUCAUUGUUGCGGUGGGUAAUGAGGUCCUCCUGCCUGCCUGGCAUGUGCCACGGUGCCAUGCGCCAGGCCCCCACAGCCAUACCUACAGGAGGCAGCGUCCUGCAGCUGUGACCCUGCCCAGACCCUGGCCUGUGGCCAUCCCCUCCACAGCCCUCUGAGCUGGUGCCCUUCUUGUCCCACUUUACAGAAGAGGAAACUGAGACCCAGGAAAGAUUAGCUUGCCAGGACCAUGCGGGUGAGGUGGCCUAGCCUGGAUUCCAGCUGAAUGUGGACCCUGCACUUUGGCAGCACAUUAGGGAGGUCCGGUCUUGGUGGACUGGCCACGCGGAGUUGGUGGACGCAGGAGCUGUCACAUAGAUAGCCUCACGUUCGGGCUGUGGUUUCUGCCCAGCCGGCAGUCCUGGGGCGGCCCUCCCCGGGGAGUUUCCGGGGCUCGGUGUCGACCCCUCUGCACUGACAGAGCCUCCUUGUUCUCUGAUGCUGCAGCUGCAGGCCCCCUGUGGCCUCAGAGGCGGCCGUCAGUCUGGCCUGGACCCUCCCACCUGCUCUAGAGAAAGCUGGUCUCAGGGCCGGGGGGAGGGAAUUUGGGCCACCCCAGGUAGUGUCCAUAGUGACCCCUUGCGACUGCCUGGUUAGAGGUUCUGAAGCGACAGAAGCUGAGUGGGCUGUGGCCUCAGGAGGGGUUUCUCAGCCUGGGCCUAGAGGGCUCCAGGACCCUGGGUGCUGGGCCCUGGUAGGGACGGGCUGGGGCGUGGCAGGCAGGUGUUCCAGUCCCAGGUGAGCAGAGUGAGGGGAUCCUAAGUCCGUGGGGAGAGGGGUGGGACCAAGGAGCCAUUCCAGAAACCCCAGGGCCCCUUGGUGAACUGUGGUGUGGCUUCAGGAACUCAGGUCUCCUGGUGUCCACAGCGGCCAUGCCUGGAAACAGCACCUAGGCUAGGUCAGCUGGCAGCGUUCUGUGGGGUGGGAAUGAUGUUUGGGAGAGGGUAACCCCCAAAUCCCAGUAGGAGCCCCAAAUUUGACCCAGGUAGGGUUGUUGGCAGUGGAAAAGUGGGCCCCACAGGGUGGCAGGUGGGCCUGGGGUGGCUGUGUGGGAGCUCCCUUGGCUUGGGGACCUCUCCCCAGUGGGGCUGCUUGCAGCCAAGGGGAAGCUGUCGGAGGGUCAGGACAGCUUAAAGUCCUGUAGAACUGGUGACCCACAGAGGCCAAGACACAGGAGACUUUUAGGACCAAAUAAAUGGUAGAUACAUCCUAGAACCCUUGAACCCCAGACUCAUAGUUGGAGACCUCCCUCCCUGAAUGACAGAUCCACACUGUUAGUAUCCUGGUGCUAAAACCCAGGAGCCGUGGGUCAGGAGGAUAGGGGAGGGGGCUCGAGGUCAGGCAGGGGUCAAGUACAGGAGGCAGGGAUUGGGGCACCCUUGGGUCCCAGGCUGAGAGGCUCGCAGGAAUACUCCUGACAGACUGGGGUUCUACUUGUCCCCACGCUGGUGUCCCCUUGUUGCUGACCUCAUAAACUCCAGUGUGCGGGGGUCAGCUGGCCACCUAAGCCAGAGAGGCAGGGAGGAGGUUGGACGCCACCCCGGCCGGUGCCACUGCUGUCCCUCCAGGGAUGCAGCCCCAGGGAAGCCAGAUCUUCCCUGUAUCUCAGUGGAUUCCAGAAAUGAGAAUUUUUGAAAUAAAAUCUGCCAAGUUUUCAAUAUUGGCAGCUGAUUUAAAAAAAAAUGUGAAAACCACCAUCCAGAUGAAACAGGAUCCCACAGCAGCUCUUGAACAGAGCCUGGGGCCGUGGAGGCUGGAAGCCACUGCAUAGCAGUUGUGAGGCCUCGGUUUCCUCAUCUGCAAAGUGGGAAUAGUGAUAGUGCUUUUAAGACGUUUAAAGUUGGCCCAGGAUCAAAUGAGUUCAUAUGGGAAGUGCGGAGGCCCAGCCGGUGCAAGCACUGAAGCCUCUUCUCAUCUUGUCCGUGGCCGCCCAUCCCUCCCCGGGCUACCUCUCAGGGGGCUUCGCUCUCCGCCACUGGAGCCUCCACUUCCCCCUUGGGGUCUCCACAUGCACUGCCCCUGUCUUGGGACAGCCCUGAGGGUGCUGGAGGGCAGGGAAGCGUCCGCCCCUUGGGACCCUGGAGGAGGAGCAGGUGGAGGAGGCAGAGCCAGGAGGGCGGGCCUAGCCGGCGCCUGGUACAUAGUAGGUGCUCCAUAAAUGUUUAUUGAAUGAAUGAAUGGAGGCCAUGCAGGCAGAGGCAGCCGUGCUGCGCAGGCACUGGUGAAAGAGCGGGUCCAGUGGACACUGGAACCAGGUGCAGAUGGGUCUCUUCCUUCCUGCCCCCAUCUCCCUCACUCCCUGCUCAGUGCGGCACUCUCCAGCUUCCUGUGGGAAUCGUCUGAAGUUCUGAGCCCGGAAGCCAAGGAGGAAGACGAGGAGGAGGAGGAGGAGGAGGGAGAGGAAGUCAAGCCCUGAGAACUCUUACACCUUCCUAGCAGGAGACAAGGAGCAACCCUGCCGUGGGGCCCCCAGCCCCAGCCAGGCCUAGUGCCUGCUGUAGCACCCUAGAAGGCCCCCAGCAGUUGGCACUAGCUGUACCCACCUUGCCUGGGGCCCCCGUGCUGGGGGUUGCCCCCAAGAUGGUGGCAGCCCCAGGGAGGACUGUACUGCCAGCCCCAGUCUCUGGCCGCUAGGCACCCCCUGCCUUGCCCCGGCCCCUCACUCCAAGGCCAGCGCCAUGCUGCGCCUGGGGCUGUGGGCGGCGGCGCUGCUGUGCGUGUGCCGGCCGGGUGCCGUGAGUGCCGACUGCUGGCUCAUUGAGGGCGACAAGGGCUACGUGUGGCUGGCCAUCUGCAGCCAGAACCAGCCGCCCUACGAGACCAUCCCGCAGCACAUCAACAGCACCGUGCAUGACCUGCGGCUCAACGAGAACAAGCUCAAAGCCGUGCUCUACUCCUCACUUAACCGCUUUGGGAACCUCACCGACCUCAACCUCACCAAGAACGAGAUCUCCUACAUCGAGGACGGUGCCUUCCUGGGCCAGUCGAGCCUGCAGGUCCUGCAGCUGGGCUACAACAAGCUUAGCAACCUGACGGAGGGCAUGCUGCGCGGCAUGAGCCGCCUGCAGUUCCUCUUUGUCCAGCACAACCUCAUCGAGGUGGUGACGCCCACCGCCUUCUCCGAGUGCCCGAGCCUCAUCAGCAUCGACCUGUCCUCCAACCGCCUCAGCCGCCUGGACGGUGCCACCUUUGCCAGCCUCGCCAGCCUGAUGGUGUGUGAGCUGGCCGGCAACCCCUUCAACUGUGAGUGCGACCUCUUCGGCUUCCUGGCCUGGCUUGUGGUCUUCAACAACGUCACCAAGAACUACGACCGCCUGCAGUGCGAGUCGCCGCGGGAGUUUGCCGGCUACCCGCUGCUGGUGCCCCGGCCCUACCACAGCCUCAACGCCAUCACCGUACUCCAGGCCAAGUGCCGGAACGGCUCACUGCCCGCCCGGCCCGUGAGCCACCCCACGCCCUACUCCACCGACGCCCAGAGGGAGCCAGACGAGAACUCGGGCUUCAACCCCGAUGAGAUCCUUUCGGUGGAGCCACCAGCCUCAUCCACCACGGAUGCAUCGGCAGGGCCUGCCAUCAAGCUGCACCAUGUCACGUUCACCUCGGCCACCCUGGUGGUCAUCAUCCCACACCCCUACAGCAAGAUGUACGUCCUGGUGCAGUACAACAACAGCUACUUCUCCGAUGUCAUGACCCUCAAGAACAAGAAGGAGAUCGUGACGCUGGACAAACUGCGGGCGCACACGGAGUACACCUUCUGCGUGACCUCGCUGCGCAACAGCCGCCGCUUCAACCACACCUGCCUGACCUUCACCACGCGGGACCCCGUCCCCGGAGACUUAGCGCCCAGCACCUCCACCACGACCCACUACAUCAUGACCAUCCUGGGCUGCCUCUUCGGCAUGGUUAUCGUGCUGGGAGCCGUGUACUACUGCCUGCGCAAGCGGCGCAUGCAGGAGGAGAAGCAGAAGUCCGUCAAUGUCAAGAAGACCAUCCUGGAGAUGCGCUAUGGAGCUGAUGUGGAUGCUGGCUCCAUUGUGCAUGCCGCCCAGAAACUGGGCGAGCCUCCCGUGCUGCCCGUGUCUCGCAUGGCCUCCAUCCCUUCCAUGAUCGGGGAGAAGCUGCCCACCGCCAAGGGGUUGGAGGCUGGGCUGGACACGCCCAAGGUGGCCACCAAAGGCAACUAUAUCGAGGUGCGCACAGGCGCCGGUGGGGAUGGUCUGGCUCGGCCCGAGGAUGACCUCCCGGACCUCGAGAACGGCCAGGGCUCUGCUGCAGAGAUCUCCACCAUUGCCAAGGAGGUGGACAAGGUCAACCAGAUCAUUAACAACUGCAUUGAUGCCCUCAAACUGGACUCGGCCUCUUUUCUGGGAGGCGGCAGUGGCAGUGGGGACCCCGAGCUGGCCUUCGAGUGCCAGUCCCUCCCUGCAGCUGCUGCCGCCUCCUCAGCCACUGCCCCCGGGGCCCUGGAGCGGCCCAGCUUCCUUUCACCUCCCUACAAGGAGAGUUCCCACCACCCACUACAGCGCCAGCUGAGCGCCGACGCGGCUGUGACCCGCAAGACCUGCAGCGUGUCGUCCAGUGGUUCCAUCAAGAGCGCCAAGGUCUUUAGCCUGGACGUGCCCGACCAUCCGGCCGCCACAGGGCUGGCCAAGGGCGACUCCAAGUACAUCGAGAAGGGCAGCCCCCUCAACAGCCCGCUGGACCGGCUCCCACUGGUGCCGGCGGGCAGUGGUGGGGGCAGCGGCGGGGGCGGGGGCAUCCACCACCUGGAGGUGAAGCCAGCCUACCACUGCAGUGAACACCGGCACAGCUUUCCCGCCCUGUACUACGAGGAGGGUGCCGACAGCCUGAGCCAGCGCGUGUCCUUCCUCAAGCCGCUGACCCGCUCCAAGCGUGACUCCACCUACUCACAGCUCUCCCCCAGACACUACUACUCAGGGUACUCCUCCAGCCCAGAGUACUCAUCCGAGAGCACGCACAAGAUCUGGGAGCGCUUCCGGCCCUACAAGAAGCACCACCGGGAGGAGGUGUACAUGGCCGCUGGUCACGCCCUGCGCAAGAAGGUCCAGUUUGCCAAGGAUGAGGAUCUGCAUGACAUCCUCGAUUACUGGAAGGGGGUCUCGGCCCAGCAGAAGCUGUGACCCCCCUUCCUCCCUGGUGAGGUCGGAGCCAGAGGGCUGGGGGCCCUUUGGGGGAAGGAUCCAGGCGGCCGGGGCGGGGAGCAGACUCGGGGGCCGAGGCCCAGGAGAGGACGCACAUGCAGACCCGCACGCACGCACGCACACACACACCUGACCACCACCCGACUGUGAACAAACCAACAUCCGACAAUAACGGACAGGAAAACAGAGACACAUUUUCCUUAAAGUUUACAAACUGAUACCGAAACCAGUCGUCUACUGUGCUGCCCAGGGACUCUGCUGGGGUGUGCAGGGCCGGGGGCCGGCGUGGGGAGGAAGGAAGCCAAGAGAGAGUGUGGGGUCUGGGGGUCUGGGGCUAGAAACAGGUGUGGGGACCAAGAAGGCUCGGGUAGAGAGGGACUGAAGCCCCUCUGGGGUAGGGAGAGGGUCCCCUCCCAAGCUGGGGGUCAAGUCACCUGCAGAUUUAGCAUUAGACAGACAAUGGGCAAUGUCUCCUUCCACUUUAGAGAGGGGGAAACUGAGGCCCAGAUAAGGGAGUUGACAACCCCAGGGUCACACAGCAGCUUAGCCUCAAGUCCCCCAACUUCCCAGCCCAGUCCUGUCCCAGACCCCCUGCAGCUCCCUUGUGGACCCCUUCCCGCCUUCCACCCACCCUACAUCCCUUUCUGAAGUUCUCCCCUUGGGGCUGAGGGACUUGAGAAUCAGGCAGUGCUUUUUCUUCCUAGAAAGCCACAUGACAGUGCCCCCAGAGCGUGCAGCUGUGAUUCAGAAUCCUGGGGGGCUUUUGCCCCCUACGCCAGCACCCAGGAGAAGGGAGAGGGUCCUGUUGACGGGAAAGGAGCCGAGGCAGGGCGACAUUCCACCAGCCCACUUCAAGUGUCUUCCACGUGGCCUGGGAAGAGUAGGGCGUGUGGCGGGCAGGCCAGCUACCAGGACAUCUCAGGUGCAGGUCCCCGGCCUCAGCUUCUCUGGUCCUCUGAGACCCCUGCCCACUGCAGAAGGGCAGCGGUGCACUGUGAUGCCUGGGGGGCUGCAGGGAGGAGCUGUCAUGGGAGACUUCCUGCCUGUCCCCAUGGCCUGCGUCCCCACCUGCCCGACCCCGUCGUGGGAUCUCGGCUCCUGUCUCAGCUGCCCACCCGGGGAAGGAGGGCUUUCUUACCCACCCACUCUGGGCUGCUCAUCCAGGCCUGGCCCCCUGGCCAGAGGGGCUCCCAUGUUUCCAUGGCAAUGGCCACUCCCCUUUUUCUGACCCCCCACCCAACAUCAAACAAAGCACAAACAGUGAGGCCCCCACCCGAGAGGGGCGGGGAGCAGGUUGGGUUCGUGGCGCCCUGCCCCCUCCCAGGCGGCCUCUGUCACCAUGGUAACCCUGUGCCUGGCAGUUGGUGCCCAGAGUGACCGUUGGGCUCUGGGGUUCUCUGUCCGUGUAGGCGGUGGCAGAGGGUGGUGAGGGUGGUGAGGGAGGCCCAGCCUGGCAGCAGCUCCUGGGGCCAGCUCUUUUGGGAGGCAAAUCUGGGGUCCUGAUACUGGGGUCUUGACCAGUCAGGAUGCUGAUGGGCUGAAGUCCAUCAUCCUUCACCUCUGGGUGGGAGCUGGGCCAGUGGGGUGUGGGAACGCUUGUACUAGCAGCUUUGCCUGCCUAGCAACGUGUCCCUUGGCUCCCACCCACCUCAGCAUGGGGGGGCCUUGGCUCUCCCCACGGCCCUGCCGGAGACCUCCAGUCUUGGGCCUGUGGCCCACAUGGGUUUCCUGAGAUUUGGGGAGUGUGACUGAGGGGUGAGGGUAGGCACUGGAGUGGCACCAAGACUGGCACUGUUGGUGGGGAGGGGCUCUGACCAGGAAAGCUAGUGCCAUCCCCUAGGGGACCCCAACGACCUUCCUGCUGGGGGCAGGGGGUGGGGGAGGACAGCAGAGGGCUAGGAGGCUUGGGCUCAGCUGAGCACCUCUCUCACACCAACUUUGGGUGAACAAAGCCCAGGGCUCACUUUGAGAGUGACGUUUGCAAAGAAAAGACUGUUCUCCCGGGGCGAGGAGGGGAGGGGGCGGCAUGGAUGCGCGGAGCAGACCUCCCUCCCCCGGCCCCCAAAACCUGCCCCCCAACCCCUCCUCACACCCAGUCGGCACAACUGAGAAAAGCAAGCAGGCAGAGAAGCCAGGGGUGUGAGGAGGCAGACUCCCUGUUAUAUUUGCAUGACGAUUUUACUGUAUUUUUCUGAGCAAACAUCUGUCGUGUAUGUGCCAGUUUGUCCAGACUCCCCCGCCCCCUCUCUGAUGCCCUCCUUUCCCACAUUCCGUCUGUUGUGAUCUGACGAGCAGCUCUUGAAACCCAGGGAGGGGUCAGCUCUGCAAAAACAGACCCAAAACAGGUGCCACCAAGACACAGCCCUGCCCCACACCCACCUCCUGUGUUUCGAGCAUUGGGCCCAAGUGCCACCUCCCUUCCUCCCUCCCUCCUUUGCCACCUCCCUUGUCCCUAGUUCCUUCCCCUCCUCCAUGCCAGGGAGGGCAGCCCCAGGGAAGCCUCCUCAAGGGCUUGUGUCCCGGUGGAAGGGACUGUCUCUCAGUCCCUCUUGUUGCCAUUUUGCAGAUGAGGAAGUCAGGGCUCCCAGACAGGGGCCUGGUGACUUGGCUGGCCAGCUGGGGUGGAGGAUCAGUCACACUGCUGAGUAUAGGAGGCCAGGAGCUUGAGGCUUCUUGGGGGGCUUCAUGCAGAGGCUGGGGGCUUUGAGAAAGGAACCCAUGGGAAGAAGGAGCACGCCUGGGGUGGGCCCCAGGGAGGGUUCCCGGCAGCAGGAGUUGGGGGCCCGUGCUUACCAUUUCCCCAUCCUUCCUGCGUGAAGAUAUCUAUCAAAACCUCAGACACUCUGACUGCGGGGACAGGGGCCCUUCUAAAGAGCAGGACUCUGAUCAUCCACCGGGGGAACUGGCCUUGAAGACCCAGUUCACGUGGUUCUUUGUGAGGCCGAGCAGGGUCUAAACUUGGGUCUCUGGCCUCCCGGCCAGGCCAGAGCCCACCCCGAGGCUGGCCUGCAUCUGUGUCCCGCAUCCUGCUCAGGACGAGUUUUUCCCAGGCAGGCAGGAAGUAUUCGCAAAACGCUGCCAUGCAAGGUCUGGGUUUGUGAUGGUGAUGAGCAUGGUGGAGCUGGGCUGUGGUCUGGGGCAGGCCAGCAGGGCAGACACCAAGAGAGGAGGACAGGGGGGCCACAGGGAGGGAGGGGAGAUGAGGGUUCGGUGGAGCAAGGGGCCAAGCUGGCUGGAGGACAUGUGGGUGCUGCGCCCUGGACGGAAGCCUCCUGCCUUGGGCCCGAACGAGGUCACACCUGGGCUUGCCUGCCUCUGUUGGAGAAUCUCCUCUGAAGCUGUUUCUGGGAAGUAGCAUGAUGGAUCUGCUCCUUCCUGAAGGGCACAGCAGGUGCAGCUAACCCUCCGCUGGAGCUUAUGGCCUUCCAGAAGCAAAACACGGAGGUCUGGAAGGAAGGCAGGGAAGCCUGGUUGGUGGGGAAACCUCGUCACAGGUCCCGGCCUUGCUUCUCCCCACGGCAGGAGGAGUCUCUCUCUGCCCACCAAAGAUUCCUCACCUGGGCUCCCUUCCUGGGGCAGUGCAGGAGGCCUGUGGGGGCAGCCUGUGUCCAGGCUGGGGAGCCCGUGUCUGGGUAGGUCUGGGAAAAGGCCUGUCAGGGGAGUGAGGAGGGUGGGAGUAAGAAGACCCACUUGGGAAGGCCAGGCCUGGAUCGCCCUCGGGAGGCAGCUGGGGCAAGGCAGCAGCAGUGGGGAGUGUCAGGCUGGCUGAGAGUCAUCCAUGUUCUCAACUGGAAGUUGGUCGCCUGCCCCACCCCCUCCUGGAAAUUGAACAGAGAGGGGAAAAGAAGUGCAGAGAAGGAAAGGAGAGGAAAGGAAAGCUAGAGUGAAGAAACGAGGUAGCGACAGUGCUAAGGCCGGGAUGGCAUCAGGAAUGAGGGACAACAGUGACAGGUCCCGGCUUAUAAGGGGCCUAAGUGCAGGGAAGGGAUAGACACAAUGCUCUCUAGUGACUGGUGCCUUUUGCAGAAAAUUAAAAUGGGUGAUGGGGUGGGGAGGGGCAAAGCUGGUCAGGGAGCAUCCCUUGUGGGAUGGGGGGACAGGGAGUCAAGCUCUGAAUGACAAGAGGAGCCAGAAGGGUGGGUGGGUGGGUGUGAACACGAGACUGGAGGGAGUGGGGUUGUAGUGGCUGCCUGCCCCCCAAGCCCCGCCUCUGUCCCCUACUACUCUGCCCCUGCCCAUUCCUGGCCCAGCAGAGCCCCCUUUCCAUGAAUGUGGAUGGGUGGGGCAAGCCACUGGGGAGCCUGGGGAAGCUCAGCCCUGAGGGGUUUACUUUGCCCGUGGAAGCCAGUGUGAAGGUUGCGGCAGCCUUGCCCGACCCCAUUGCCAUCUCUCCUCUCUGACGAGGUGGCUGCUCCGGAGGUGGCUGAGCCCCAGGAGAGGGGACCUCCUCUAACUCUCACGCUCAGAUUCCAUCCCGACACACUCCCCCACCCGACCCUGGGUCCUCCCACCUCUAACACAAAACCAGGGUCCAUACUGCUUGCCUCCAGAGGCAGCCUCAGCCCUCACUAAAGGUCAGGCAGUCCUGCCGAGCAGGAGGGAGAGGAAGGGGGUCCUGUAGGGCGGGCAGGAUGGUCUGGGCCUGCUCCUCCUUCCUCCUGCCCCUCUGCCACUCCACACUCCAGCACAGGGCUAGGACAGGGGCUUGGAGUUCCUGCAGUGGUGGCCACACUUCCUUCCCUCCUUCCCUCCCUCCCUCCCUCCAUCCGGAGCCGCCAGUCCCCAAGUUGGCUGUGGUUGGGCACCUGGUUUGGGUCCUGCAGAGCUGGGCUCAGGCCCUGGGCUCUGAACCUGUGAACCCUUGCUGUGUGACAAACCUUUCCUUCCUCUGAGGGCCUUGAACCCUCUCCUUUUCUUCUUUUGGGGGUGGGGGUUAACUUUAUUUUCUCUUCCCUAUAUCUGCCUCUCUCCCUCCCCUCAAUUUCCUGUUUUAAAACUGAAUGGCACGAAAUUGUUUUCCUCAACUCGGAGAUUCCUGUAUGGAGAGAAUCAAUUUCUAUAUUUGCAAUAAAUUUCUUAUUUAAAGCUA